AUGGCCACCCGCCGUUGCACUCGGAAGCCUUUGCUGGCACCUGGAGUCUCUAGGAUGGUUUGGAAGCAUCUCAUCCUCUUCUUCCUCUGGCUGCCAUCACUGGUUUUGGGUGGAGCUUCUCCCACCUCCUGCCCAGCUGCUUGUUCCUGCAGCAACCAGGCCAGCCGGGUCAUCUGUACACGCCGGGAGCUGGUGGAAGUGCCCGAGAGCAUUUCAAUCAACACGCGGUACCUCAACUUACAGGAGAACACCAUCCAGGUCAUAAAGACUGACACUUUCAAGCACCUUCGUCAUCUUGAGAUUUUGCAGCUCAGUAAGAACCUCAUUCGUAAGAUUGAGGUUGGCGCCUUCAAUGGCUUGCCCAACCUCAACACGCUGGAGCUCUUUGACAACCGGCUGACCACUGUCCCCACACAGGCCUUUGAGUACCUCUCUAAGUUGCGUGAGCUGUGGCUGAGGAACAACCCCAUUGAGAGCAUCCCUUCCUAUGCCUUCAACCGAGUUCCUUCCUUGCGUCGACUGGACCUUGGAGAACUCAAGAAGCUGGAGUACAUCUCAGAGGCAGCUUUCGAAGGAUUGGUCAACCUGCGCUACUUGAACCUGGGCAUGUGCAACCUUAAGGACAUCCCAAACUUGACAGCCUUAGUGAGGCUGGAGGAACUGGAGCUUUCUGGGAAUCGCCUAGACAUGAUCCGGCCAGGGUCCUUCCAAGGACUGACCAGUCUUCGCAAAUUAUGGUUGAUGCAUGCCCAGGUGGCUACCAUUGAACGUAAUGCCUUUGAUGACCUCAAGUCCUUGGAGGAGCUCAACCUCUCCCACAAUAACUUGAUGUCCUUGCCACAUGAUCUCUUCACCCCCUUGCAUCGCCUGGAGCGUGUCCACCUCAACCACAACCCUUGGCACUGCAAUUGUGAUGUGUUGUGGCUCAGCUGGUGGCUCAAGGAGACAGUGCCCAAUAAUACCACCUGCUGUGCCCGGUGCCAUGCCCCACCAAACCUCAAAGGGCGGUACAUUGGAGAGCUGGAUCAAAGCCAUUUCACCUGCUAUGCCCCAGUUAUAGUGGAGCCUCCCACGGACCUUAACGUGACUGAGGGGAUGGCAGCCGAGCUGAAAUGCCGGACAGGGACCUCCAUGACGUCAGUCAAUUGGCUGACCCCCAAUGGGACACUGAUGACUCAUGGUUCCUACCGGGUGCGCAUCUCUGUCCUCCAUGAUGGAACACUCAACUUCACCAAUGUGACUGUCCAAGACACAGGGCAAUACACCUGCAUGGUGACCAACUCGGCUGGCAACACCACUGCGUCAGCCACCCUCAAUGUCUCUGCUGUGGACCCAGCCACCACAGGAUACACCUACUUUACCACGGUGACUGUGGAGACCAUGGACUCAGGUCAAGAAGAAUCCAUUCCCACAAAGAAAGAGCCUGGACCAACCCCAUCACAGGGCUGGGGCAUGACUUAUUCCACCACGUCGCUGACCCCACGCAGCACCCGUAGCACUGAGAAGCCGUUCACCAUCCCAAUCACUGAUGUAGCAGAGAGUGGCAUGAAAGACCUGGAUGAUGUCAUGAAGACCACCAAGAUCAUCAUCGGCUGCUUUGUGGCCAUCACCUUCAUGGCUGCGGUCAUGCUCAUUGUCUUCUACAAGCUCCGCAAACAGCACCAGCUUCACAAGCACCAUGGUCCCACACGCACCAUUGAGAUCAUCAAUGUAGAAGAUGAGUUGCCUGCUGCAGCCGGGGCCCCUGGUGACAGCCACCUGGCACUCCCCGCCAUCGAGCACGACCACCUCAACCACUACGCUGCUUUCAAGGCCCACUACAACAACAAUAGUGGCGGUGGACCCCUCACCUGUGGCUCCAAGAACCCCAUGCUCAAUUCCAUCCAUGAACCUCUCUUGUUCAAGAGCAGCUCGAAAGAGAACGUCCAGGAGACACAGAUAUGA